AUGGGUUUCCCUGGACACAACCAAGAUAUCAACAGGCCCCUCAUCCAGGGACCUGGGACAGAAUCCUGCUUUUUGCCAUUUUUGCAUCUAGAGCUACAUCCUUGCAUUCCUUGGCUCCUGGGCCCUCCUCCACAUUCAAAUCCAGCAGCAUCUUCAAAUGGCCCUCUGCUCCUGUCUUCAUAUAACCUUCUCUUUCUUCAAGACUUUGUGCUUACCUGGGCAACUCAGACCAAACAGGUUCAUUCUGGGUUUCCGCGAACUAGGAUAAGAACAACUGGGAGCCAUCUCUGGACCUGUUAA